CCUCUCAUCCCAGGCCCGCCCCGGCUCGGCCCGUUCCCGCCUCCGCCCGCGCGGGCUCCUGACAAGCUAGGGGGCGAUGCGGGGGCUGACCUAGCGCGGGGCCUAACCCAGGGUUUCAGAGGGGCCAUCACCAGCCCCAGCCAGGACCACUGUUCCUGCACGUGGCUGUGUCAUGGGAUCCUCGGCUACCGCUGUGCCUGCGUCACAGUGCCAUGUGAUGUCACUCCUCACCGUGUGACGUAACCCGUCGAGGAGCGUGGGGCAGUGGGGCCUCGCGAGGCCUGCUUGGUUCCAUUACCCCUGUAAGAUGGCCUCACCCCUUGGGGAAAAGUCCUCUCCGCCCCGGGCUGAGGCCACCCGCUCCGAGGAGACGGCAACGGUCCGCGUGGAGACGUCGUCCCACCGCGUGGAGACGACCUCCCGUGAGGUGCGGAGGUCUUCCCGGCAGGUGGAGACUACCCAGUGCCGCAGCGAGGGGUGCUCCGUCUCCCCCUUUGGGAAACGGGCCCCUCGCGUCUUCGAGGUGUCCUACCAGCACGUGGAAACCGCCUCGCAGCGCACGGAGACGGCCUCCCGCUGCGUCAGGGCCUUGUCUCUGCGGGUGGAGACGUCUCUGCACCGCGUGGAGAGCCCGCCGCAGCGGGAGCAGCCGGCCGCUCGCCAAAAUGUCCAAAAGGCCCGAUGAAAUGCUACCUUCCUCGGGGCCACGAGAGGGCCAUGGCCCUUGGCCAGGGCAGAAUUGCCUCCAGUUCGCAGCCAGCCUGCUGCCAGGUGGACCGAUCAUCUCUGGUUUCCUGGAAGCAGACCACAAAUCAAUUUAAGAGCCAAGCUGCGGUUUCAGGACUCAGCCAACAUUCAUUGACCCUGCUGCACCCUGGACCAUCCUUUCCUGCCUUUGACCCAGUGAACUACUUUAACUUGAAGCCAGCACAAAAAGUUUUCGGGCCCUAUAUAUUGUAUAUAUUGAGAUGAUGGACAAAGAGGCUGUUUGAACCUCUGAGGCAGACUGACCUUCCCACUGACUGAAAAACUAGACCUCGGAUAAGUGAAUUCACCCCUCUGGGCCUCACUGCCCCCACUGAAAAUGAGAUGUUUGGACUAAUCUUUAGAUCUGUGAUUCCCAAAGUGAGGAAUGCAAACGUUGCUGGUGUGCAAGAGGAUUUUAGGAGGUCUUCUCAACAUUUUAUAUAUCAACGUUCUAACUGGUGAUCAUACACCCACCCGCUGGGUGGGUGGCUCAUCCCUAAGGACAUGAAAGCUUUUCGUCUGGGAGCCUCCAGACCUCAUCCUGUGCGUCUCUUCAUUUGGCUGGGCCGGGUUUGUAUCCUUUAUGAUACACUGUCAUCAUAAGUAUAGCACUUUCCUGGGUUCUAUGAUUCAUUCUAGUGGAUUCUCGUACCUGAGGGAGUCGUGGGAACUCCCAGACUUGUAGCCAGCUGAUAAGAAGUGAGGGUAACCUGGGGACCCCCAAGCUUGUGGCUGGUAUCCUUAAUAGCUAGUAGGAACCCCAGGAUUUGUAGCCAGUCAGGAGUGUGGGAGGGUUUGGAGUCUCUGAACUUGCAACUAGUGACUGAAGUGAUGUGGGGCUCAAGGGGAAUGUGCCUUUAUCCGGUCAAAUUUGAUCUAACUCUGGUAGUUAGGCUUAGAAUUGUAUUGUGUAUGGAUAAAUACAAAAGACCAUUCUUCUCCCUCUUGAUUUCUUUAGAAUUCCUAUGGCUUUUUAAUGCACAAUUUACUACAUUGUCAGAUGGUGUCAGGACUGAAUUGUAUCCUCUCAAAUUCAUAUUUUGAAGCUCUAACCCCCAAAGUGUCUGUAUCUGGAGAUAAGAUUCUUAGGAGAUAAUUAAUGUUAAAUGAGGUCGUAAGGGGGUGGUCCAUUUUUAAAAA